CUCAUUUAAUUUGCCGAUAAGCAAUCCCCUGUGGGGGUACACCACCACCAGAAUUGUCUCACACCAGAACCGCCUGCCUGAAAACCUGUCUGAAAACUAUUUUAAUUUGCCGAUGGUUUCCUGCCUUGUGGCUAAGGUUUGUCCUGUUUCCUAUCAAACGCAUUGGCAAAUCGUUGUAGCUGUGGUGGACAUUGUUGUGUCUUCCCGCGUGCGUCCUCCAUUCCAUGUCUUUCUGUCAUGUCGUAUAUUAUAUUCAAAGAAAACAAUUCCCACCUGCUCGAGGUCCGCUUGUAUUUCACUCGCUGUUAAUAUUUUCAACCUCUCUUGCUUUGAUAAGUUCACUUGAGCAAAAAGCAGAUGAAGCUGAAAAGAAAGCAGAAGAGGUUGAGAAGAAAUAUGUUGUUCAGUGAAGAAUGGCUUAAAAAGGCCAAGGAGGCAGAGUCAGAAAUUGAAAAGCUCAAGAAUACAUUACAAAGGUUUGAAGCUAAACUUCCAAAUGCCGAAUCUGAGGAUAAAGUUAUUCGUCAGCAAACAUUGGUCAAGUCACCUAUAAGGGCCUUUUCGGAAUGCAUAAUCAUUAUAGUUACUCAGACUCUUGAAAAUGGCUAUCAUGAGCUUGAAGAACCUGAUACUGUAAAAGUUACUGUUGCCAGUGAGGUACCUUUCAUCAAGGAGCCUGCUGAAAUUGAGAAUAAGCCACCAAGGCCUCUCAAUGAUAUAGAGACCAAGCCACCAAGGCCACUUAAUGAUAUACAUGAAAGCAUAGACACACUUAUUAAGUGUGUCUCCCAAGAUAUUGGAUUCAGCCAAGGCAGGCCUGUUGCAGCAUGCAUUAUUUACAAGACACUUUUUCAUUGGCGAUCAUUUGAAGCUGAAAGAACCAGUGUGUUUGAUCGUAUUAUUCAGAUGAUUGGAUCCGCAAUUGAGAAUCAGGAAAACAACGAUGUUUUGGCCUAUUGGUUGUCAAAUACAUAAACUUUGUUUUUCUUCUUACAACGUACAUUGAAGGCAACUGGUGCGGCUGGAGAAGCGAAGAUAUCUUCUACUUUACGUGAAAGAAUGGCUCAAGGUUUUCGAUCCUCACCAUCAGCCAUGGGCCUUCCUUUCGGCAUUGGUGGAUUAGAUGUCGUGCGCCAAGUGGAAGCAAAAUAUCCAGCUUUAUUAUUCAAGCAACAACUUACACCAUAUGUGGAGAAGAUAUAUGGGAUUAUUCGUGAUAAUCUGAAGGAGGACAUAUCUGCCUUGCUUGGCCUGUGUAUACAGGCUCCAAGGACAUCAAGGGCAAGUAUGGUAAAGGCAUCUAGAUUGGAGGCAAAUGCAAAUGCACAACAGGUUCCCAACCACUGGCAAAGCAUUACCAAGGGCCUAACCAGUCUUCUCCAAACAAUGCGUGCAAAUUAUCUGCCUUCUACGUCGUGAAUGUUGCUCAUUCAGCAAUGGAGAGUAUGUCAAAGCAAGAUUUGCUGAUCUAGAGCUUUGGUGCUGUGAAGCAACAAAAGAGGUUUGCUUGCAAUUUUACUUAACCUUUGAAUAUGGGCUGACCUGGUCUAUCGUAUGUUAUUUUGUAUUUUUGGACUUGUCAUACCUUACUGAAAGUUGAAAGUUUGUAACACUGCAAUAUGCUGGUUCAACUUGGGAUAAACUCAUGCAUAUUAGACAAACAGUGGAAUUUUUGGUUAUUCAUCAGAAACCAAAGAAAUCUCUGGAUGAAGUUACCCAUGAUCUUUGUCCAGUUAGUGGUUGUAUUUUUUUUUUCUCUUGCUUCAUUGUCUAGAUUGUUUACUAUUUUCCUCAUUAUCUUGUUUUUUAAAUAAUUGCUUCUCGGGCCUUGAGCAUACAACAACUAUAUAGAAUCAACAUCAUGUACUGGGAUGAUAAGUAUGGCGCUCACAGUCUGAGUCAAGAUGUUAUUGCAAACAUGAGAGUAUUGAUGACUGAAGAUUCAAAUAGCUCUCUAGGAAAUUCUUUCUUGUUGGAUGAUGACUCAAGAUCAAAGAAACUGAAGCUCUUCAUUGAUUCGAGAUAAAAGAAAGUGAAGCUCCCUGUUUAUUCAGCCACAUUUAUACAUUGAUUUUGUAACAUUCCGCCUGACACAUAGAUGAUACAACUCUAAACUGUUACACCAUUUUCUUUAAUAGAUGCAUAAGUUGAUUGGGAGGUUGUAAAUGAGAUGAUUUUAUGGAAAUAUGUAAUGGGGAUAAUAUUCUUGACUUC